AUGAGCUCCCCCGACGAUCCCCACUUCACUUCCGGGCUGCUCUCGGGGGGCAUCUCCCCCAGCACGGACGACGGCUUUUUCCCCUUCGUGCUGGAGAGGCACGACUCGUUCUUGGGGAGACCUGCGGGGUCCCCCGGGGGGAGCGAGGCCGAAGAGCCCGAGGACCUGGCUGUGCUCCUGCAGCGCAAGGAGAAGGACCUGCUGCUGGCCGCUGAGCUGGGCAAGAUGCUGCUCGAACGGAAUGAGGAGCUGAACCGAACCCUGGAGUCCCUCUCCGCCCAGCACGCUGAGAGGGAGGAGCGGCUCCAGCAGGAGAACCACGAGCUGCGGCGCGGGCUGGCGGCUCGGGGCGCCGAGUGGGAGGCCCGGGCCGGGGAGCUGGAGGGUGAUGUGGCCGCGCUGCAGGCCCAGCUCGGGGAGCGGCGCUCUGAGCAGCGGGACAGCGGGCGGGAGCGAGCCCGGGCCCUGGGAGAGCUCAGUGAGCAGAACCUGAGGCUGAGUGAGCAGCUGGCACAGGCCUCCCGGUUGGAGCAGGAGCUGCAGAAGGAGCUGAGCAGCCUACACGGAGAGCACCAGGCCCAGGUGUUGGUGGGCACGGAGCUGAGAGCCCAGCUGGAGAGCCUGCAGGGAGAGAACCAGAUGCUGCAGUUCCGGAGGCAGGACUUGGAGGGACAGGUCAGGGCUCUGAGGGAGGAGGCGGAGCAGGCCCGGAGCCGCGUGCAGGCCCUGCACGAGGAGCUGCUGCUGUUGAGGCGGGAGAGGCACGAGCACAGUAUGGAGCUGGAGAGGGCCCGCUCGGAAGCCAGGGAGGCUCUGUCCUCCCUCCGCCGGCUGCAGCGCCGUGUGUCGGAGCUGGAAGAGGAGUCGCGGCUGCAGGACUCGGAUGUGUCGGUGGCCUCUCUGCGGUCCGAGCUCGCCCGGAGCGCGGACGACGAGGGGGUCCCGCAGCUUCCGGCCGACCCUCGGGUGAGCCCACCUACCCCCUCCUCUGAGACUCAGGAGGUGGAGACUCCACCCCCACUGUCUCCCCAAGAGGAGGAGACGGAGCCCCCCAAGAAGAAAGCCUCUCUGAGCCCCAGGGAAAUGUUAGAGGAAAAAGAAGUGGAGGUGGAGAGACUGCAGAAUGAGGUGUCUCUUCAGCGUGAGGAGCUGCGGGCUCUGCGGGAGGAGCUGCACAGGCAGAAGGAACUGCGGGGCGAGGAGGACCCUGAAUCGGCUCUGAGCGGAGCCCUCUCCGAUCGGGACGAGGCCGUGAACAAGUCUCUGACACUAUCCCUGGAGCUCUCCCGGGUCUCCCUGGAAAGGGAUUCUCUUUCCCGCGUGCUCCUCCGGGCCAUUCGCCAGAAAGUGGCCCUGUCUCAGGAACUGGAGGCCUGGCAGGAUGACAUGCAAGUGGUGAUCGGGCAGCAGCUGCAUUUACAGCGGCAGAAGGAGCUGAGCGCGGCCCCCGCAGCCCGCUCCGCCUCAGCCAGGGGAGGGACACGCUUCUCCCUCCACAGAGGCCCCGGCGCCGGGGGUGCUGGGCGCUUCCUGACCAGCCUCUUCAGAAGGACAUAG